AUGAAGAUGGCACAGAGCCUGCCCACCAGUGUAUUUGGGAUUUGGCAUUAUAUGCCCAAGGUUGUAACGGCUGGUGGCACGGCGUUCAGCAAGAUCUCUAACUUGCUGCCCUCCAGCAGCGGUGUCAACGCAGCAGAGACUCCGCCGCUGGAGAGAAAUCGCCAGAAGAUAGAGAGCGAAUAUGGGCUGCCUGUCGAGAUGCAGAGGGAGCUGCAAACCCUGACACUCAAGUCUAUUUUCAGCGAAAACAUGGUCGGUGCGGAUAGCGAGGCCCUAUGUUGCCUUCGAAAAGGACCUGUUGGGCUCUGGGGCGACUGCGACGACUAUGCACUCUUUGUCAGGAAGCUAGCCGAGCUCGAGAGAACCCGGCGAGCAGACGAGGGCGUUGGCGACAGAGAGAGUCUGAGAAUCAGUGCUUACUUUGCUGAGAGCGACUCUAUGAUCGGUAAAAGAGGCCAAAGCUACAUGGAGAACUGCUGGAAAGGCAGUGGAGGAGACGAGUUUCAAGACGUGCUGAAUUUCACGGCCGAGACGGUCAAAGAGACAGAUCACGACAGUGUUGUGCAGUCCGUCGAGGUUUUGAAGCAAAUAUUCCUCAGUGCUGGUGGUGCUGCGCCGGCGAAUCUUUGA